AUGUCCGGCGACGAUGGCGAUCUUGAGGCCGAGCUGCUCGCCAUGGCCGGCGACGACAGCUCGGACGACGAAGGUAGCGAUGCCGGUGAAGUAAAGAACCAGACGCAGGUCGCAGACGCCAGAUCUCCUUCGGUAGAACCAAAGCAGAGCGUUGAGAAGAGUGAAGAGCCAUCAACGGGCCCGAGAAGGGGUGUCGCACAGAAAGUGAGGAAGAAGGGCAGGAAGAAGGUCUUGAGAAGGGAGAUUCAAGAUGAGCUGAACGAUCUGGCUGACUCACCUUCACCACCGGGCUCACCAGGAUCAAACGCGAUGUCUGAAUCACCAGUCGGAUCGCCUGACCGUGCUUCGUCACCAGCAGACGACGAGCCACUCUUCCCAGUCGAGGGCCAAUUCACGUCAGAAAGCGACCGCGAGCACAUCCUCUCCCUCCCCGAAAUCGAACGCGAGUCCAUCCUUGCCGACCGUGCCGCUCAGAGCCUCAAGAAGCAGCAGGAUGAGAAGCUAAAGCAGCUGCUUGCGUCCAAGUCGGGUAGCAAGAACAAGCGAAAGGCCGCAGCCGCAGAGCUAGACGACGAACCCAAGAGCAGUCGCGCAAAGACCCAGAAGGCAGGACGCAGUGCACUCGACGACUAUAAGAAGGCUCGAGAAGCUAAAGGUGCAGAGCGGACCGGUCGUUUUGACCUCAAGAGCAACCGAAGACCAGACUCGCGUUCACCCAGCUCCGCUUCGGAUCGCGAUGCAGAGGGAGAGAGCGAGGUGGAAUGGGCGGACACCACUUCGUCCCGACGAGAUGAGCCACCAGCAGAGAUGAGAGAUUUCGAGAGAUGCAGAGUCGGCAGGACGAACUUCGCCAAAGUCUGCUUCUACCCGAAAUUCGAAGAGACCAUGAAGGGCUGCUAUGCGCGGGUCAGCAUCGGCAUGAACCGCGAUACCGGCCAAAACAUGUAUCGCAUGACGCAGAUCAAGGGCUUCACAGAGGGCAAGCCGUACAUGCUCGAAGCAGGACAGAAUGCAAAGAGCUUCAUGUGCGACAUCUACGCUGUGGUUGCGCACGGUGCUGCCGAGAAGCCGUGGCCAUUGAGCGCUUGUUCCGACUCGAAGAUCGCUCCCGAUGAGUUUCAGCGCUACAUCGAGACGAUGCAGAAAGAGAAGCUGAGGGUGCCGAAGAAGGCUGCGCUGGUCCAGAAGCUCAACGACAUCCAUGCUUUCCUGAACCCACAGUGGACCGAAGACGCUCUAAACACGAAGUUCUCGAAACAGCGCGAGAUGCAGAAGCGUCUCGAUCCUGCCAACAUCGCAAAGGCAAAGAAAGAUGCCAUCCUCAAACGCAAAGCCGAUGCAGAAGAAGCGCAUGACGACGAAGAACUGGCACGCUGCGACGCCGAGCUCGCUGCCCUCGAAAACAACGCCGCUACGAACGGCGCAAGACCCGCCAUCAAAGCCUCUCCUGUCAAGCCCACCACCAUGUCACAGCAAGACCGCCUUGCCAUCCUCAAUCAGAAGAACCGCAGCAAGACUUCCGACGAAGUCCGCAAAGCUCUACUCGAAGAGCGCCGCAAGCGUGAGCGCGCCAUCGCCGAAGCCAAGGCCAAGAAGGCCGCUGCGGCCGAGGAAGAGGCGCGCCUGAAGAAGCAGCAGGCCGACCUUUUGGGUGUGCCGGGCGCGGACAUGAAGGAGUUGUUUGGAGAUAUGAGUGAUGCGAGCCGUGCGGGCACGCCGAUGAGUGGGGUCAGCACGCCGAAGUUGAGGAGGAGCAGGCAGGGGACGCCGAUGAAUGGGGUCAGGGAGAAGAGUAAGCUGGGGAUGGGAGCAAAGAAGAUGAAGGAUGGGGAGGGCGAUGAGUUGGCGGAUCUGGAUUUGGGGAUUGAUGUUGAGAUCUGA